AUUUCGUGAAUCUCAAAGUGUUCACCAUACGACUGUCUUUUCGUACGCAUUUCGUUUUCUCGUAACGUUACGCUAACAGAGGAAACUUUCUCUAUGGAUCCUUACCAGCACCGUCCGUCGAGCGCCUUCAAUUCACCUUUCUGGACAACUAAUUCUGGUGCUCCAGUUUGGAACAAUAACUCAUCCUUGACCGUCGGAACCAGAGGGCCAAUUCUCAUUGAGGAUUAUCACUUGGUGGAGAAACUUGCUAAUUUUGAUCGUGAACGGAUUCCAGAACGUGUUGUGCAUGCCAGGGGUGCAAGUGCCAAGGGUUAUUUUGAGGUCACUCAUGAUAUUUCUCAUCUCACCUGUGCUGAUUUCCUUAGAGCUCCCGGGGUUCAGACACCUGUUAUUGUUCGAUUUUCCACAGUUAUCCAUGAAAGAGGAAGCCCAGAAACCCUCAGGGACCCUAGGGGCUUUGCUGUAAAGUUCUAUACAAGAGAGGGUAACUUUGAUUUGGUGGGUAACAAUUUCCCUGUUUUCUUUAUCCGUGAUGGAAUGAAGUUUCCUGACAUGGUUCAUGCCCUGAAACCGAAUCCCAAGUCUCAUAUCCAGGAGAAUUGGAGGAUCCUUGAUUUCUUCUCCCACCAUCCAGAGAGUUUGCAUAUGUUCUCAUUUUUAUUUGAUGAUCUGGGUGUCCCACAAGAUUACAGACACAUGGAAGGUUCUGGUGUUAACACCUACACACUGAUCAGCAAGGCUGGGAAGGUACAUUAUGUGAAGUUCCACUGGAAGCCAACUUGUGGAGUGAAGUGUUUGUUAGAGGAAGAUUGUAUUAAGGUUGGAGGUGCCAAUCACAGCCAUGCAACCAAGGAUCUCUAUGAUUCUAUUGCUGCUGGAAACUAUCCUGAAUGGAAGCUUUUUAUUCAAACAAUUGAUCCUGACCAUGAGGAUAGGUUUGACUUUGAUCCACUAGACGUUACCAAGACCUGGCCCGAGGACAUCCUGCCCCUGCAGCCUGUGGGUCGCUUGGUUUUGAAUAAGAAUAUUGACAACUUCUUUGCAGAGAAUGAGCAGCUUGCAUUUUGCCCAGCCAUUGUGGUUCCUGGGGUCUAUUAUUCAGAUGAUAAGCUCCUCCAAACCCGAGUGUUCUCUUAUGCUGAUACUCAGCGACAUCGUCUUGGUCCAAACUAUCUACAGCUUCCUGUUAACGCUCCCGAGUGUGCUCAUCACAACAAUCACCAUGAUGGUUUUAUGAAUUUCAUGCAUAGAGACGAAGAGGUUAACUAUUUCCCAUCAAGGUAUGAUCCUUGUCGUCAUGCUGAGCAGUACCCCAUCCCUCCACGUAUCUUGACAGGAAAGCGUGACAGGUGCAUCAUUGAGAAGGAGAACAACUUCAAACAACCUGGUGAGAGAUACAGGUCCUGGUCACCAGACAGGCAAGAAAGGUUUGUGUGUCGAUGGGUUGAUGCUUUGUCUGAUCCCCGAGUCACCCACGAAAUUCGCAGUAUUUGGAUUUCAUACUGGACUCAGGCCGACAAGUCUCUUGGACAGAAGCUAGCUUCACGACUCAAUGUGCGGCCAACAAUGUGAAAGGUAACGUGCAGGGUAAAACGUUUGGUGAGGUCUUGAUUGUGUAUGGAGCACUGGGAAGCUUUUAAUAAUGUGCUCCGAUUUACAGUAGCUGAU